AUGAAGGAGAAAUCGGCAGUGGGGGUGAACGAGAGAUACACACAAUGGAAGACUUUGGUCCCUGUCCUCUACGAUUGGCUCGCUAAUCACAACCUCGUCUGGCCCUCUCUUUCUUGCCGAUGGGGCCCACAGCUCGAGCAGGCUACGUACAAGAAUCGCCAGCGCUUGUACCUCUCUGAACAGACUGAUGGCAGCGUUCCAAAUACUCUGGUCAUUGCUAACUGUGAGGUUGUUAAACCAAGGGUUGCGGCUGCAGAACACAUAUCACAGUUCAAUGAGGAAGCACGUUCUCCCUUUGUAAAGAAGUUUAAAACUAUUAUACACCCUGGCGAGGUGAACACAAUCAGGGAACUCCCACAGAACAGUAACAUAGUGGCUACACACACUGAUAGUCCUGAUGUCCUCAUUUGGGAUGUUGAUGCUCAACCUAAUCGCCAUGCUGUCCUGGGAGCUACAGAGUCUCGUCCAGAUCUGAUAUUGACUGGCCAUAAAGACUAUGCUGAAUUCGCUCUUGCUAUGUGCCCAACUGAACCCUUUGUGCUCUCUGGAGGUAAGGACAAGUCAGUGGUUUUGUGGAGUAUUCAGGACCAUGUUUCGACUUUGGCAGCAGAGCCAGGGUUGUCAAAAUCUCCUGGAUCUGGAAACUUCAAUUCUAAACCUGCCUCUAAAUCUGGUGGAGGUAAUGAUAAAUCUACUAAGAGUCCUUCCAUUGGGCCACGGGGUGUUUACCAAGGGCACACAGAUACUGUUGAAGAUGUUCAAUUCUGCCCAUCAAGUGCACAGGAGUUCUGCAGUGUGGGUGAUGAUUCUUGCCUUGUAUUAUGGGAUGCAAGAACUGGCUCUACUCCAGUUGUCAAGGUUGAGAAAGCUCAUAGUGCUGAUCUUCAUUGUGUUGAUUGGAAUCCCCAUGAUGUAAAUCUUAUUCUGACAGGGUCUGCUGAUAAUUCUGUUCACAUGUUCGAUCGCCGGAACCUCAUUUCUGCAGGGGUAGGAGCACCUGUUCAUAAGUUUGAGGGUCAUAGUGCUGCGGUCCUUUGUGUACAGUGGUCUCCAGAUAAGUCGUCUGUCUUUGGCACUUCUGCAGAGGAUGGCAUUCUCAAUAUAUGGGAUUAUCAGAAGAUUGGUGAAAAACAAGACUCUGCUGGACUGAAACUGCCAACUGCUCCUCCAGGAUUGUUUUUCCGGCAUGCUGGCCAUCGGGAUAAGGUUGUUGACUUCCACUGGAAUGCAUCUGAUCCAUGGACAAUUGUCAGCGUUUCUGAUGACGGCGAAAGUACUGGAGGAGGUGGUACUCUACAGAUAUGGCGAAUGAUUGAUUUGAUUCACAGGGCCGAGGAGGAUGUCCUGGCUGAACUGGAGAAUUUCAAAUCUCACAUUCUUGCAUGUGAAAGAAGUUAG